UCACGUUUCCCCGCCGUGCGAUCGAACGCAAGCGUGCGGGGCAUGUCGUUCUAUCGGCGUAACCGUGAACUCAACCCUACGCCAGUUUCUAAACAUUCUACCAGCAUUCCCACAUUACAUCACAGUGUAAUCGACGAACGUCAAUUAACGCGUAAGUUCUACUACAAAUUAAUAUAGAGCAACACGCGUACGAUGUCGGUCGCAUCGUUUCGAAAAGACAGCAAAUCCGCCAGCUCGCUGAAGCUCUCGGAAACCAACACCGCUCGCCUGCUGGAAUUGUACCGGCGCGAGCCGUGCCUGUACGACCAGAAUUCGCGCGACUACAGGGACCGCGAGGCGCGCUCCGCGGCGCUCAUUCGCAUCGCCUCGGAGCUGUCCGUCGACGGGUUCGGCACCCAAGAAGUGCAGACCAAGUUCAAGAACCUGAGGAACUCCUAUUCGCAGGAGCUGAAGAAAAUCGAGGAAGGCGCCGACGCCGACCGGCCGUACGUGCCCAAAGUGCAUUGGUUCGGGAUCAUGGACUCGUUCAUUCGGCCGCAGAUGUACAAAUACGCUCGACCUUCGAAGGGUAAUUCUGUGCAGAAACGCGAGCGGCGGCGCUGCAAGAGAUCGGCAUCGAGCGAAGCGAGCGAGGCGAGCGACGAGGCGGAAAACAUCUACUUCAAAGAGGAAGAGCCCUCGGUGGAUUGGACGGGUUUCGAGUUCAACGACAGCGCUUCUCGAGCGCGAGAAGACGAAGCCCCCGUCGCCGGGUCCAGCGCGAGCAACGCGAGCAGAACCUCCGGCAGAGCCUCGGGGCAUCAGGAGGACAAAAUAGUUAAGGCCGUGAGAAGACUGACCGAAGCGACGAAGCUGGCGGCGUGUUCGAAACAGGGCGAUAUGUACGAUAAGUUCGGCGGUUUCGUCGCCGAGGUGCUGCGCAAGGCUGGUUACAACAAGUCGUUGUUGAUUAUUAACGAUAUCAGUAAAGUGUUGGCGCAGCACGCCGUGGAAAAAGCGCCUUCUUCGCUCUCGGAAUGCACCUAAACAGUUCUUCUUUUAGUUGUACUACAACCUGGUGUCUCGUAAUUGACUAUCUUACAGCCAGUUGUCUCACAAACAACUCAUAAAUGAUGUCAUCUAUCCAAUAAUAUACUUCACUGAACGUAGAUUCAAGAAGAAGAAAGGGGAAA